ACUGUGUUCUAGCAGCCCAAGAGGUGUGGCCUUAUCGCUCAUCGCUUGCUUGCCCUGUACCUUCGCCCCCAGCCUCACAGCUGACCACACCCCAGAAUCCAGCACGGUGCGUCAGACAAGGUGGGUACCUGGUGGGAAAAGGUGCGAGGCAGCCAGGCCAAGACGGGUGAAGGCUGCAAGGCCAGAGCUGAGAAUCAGUGCGUCCCCAAACGCAACCAUUGGGUGCAGCUUUUCCUGGGUCCUCUCCGGCAGCCAAGCCUUUUGUACCAAGCGCUGCCAAAAGCUGGACACGCAACUCCAGCCAGAGGCUGGGCUGGGUGAGCAGGGCCAGCGCGCGGCGAGCCGGUCCUGGGACAGCAGGACGACAGGGUUUUAGCCACCUGGUGAGUCCCACGUCUCAACCCGGAGCACACAGACAAUACAGACGUUUAGGGGCAGACCAUAGCCUGGGACGCGAGCGGGGUACAGGAUACCAAGCAAAAUGGAUGAUGCAAAAAACCCUUCUGAGGUUCUUCCCCUGGAUUCAGCCACCCCAGCUUCAGGGAACCCUGAUCCAGAAGCCCCAGGUUCUGCUGACGUAGGCUCAGCUAACCCGACGGCAGAGACCCAUGAGAACCCCCGACAGCCUGAGGCGUCUGGUUCCAGCCUCCCCAAGAAGACCAAGCCAUCGGGCAGCCUGACCUCCAAACCAUCCAGCUCGCCUGGCGCCAAGCUGUCCAAACCACCGAGUCAAGGACUCUCCAAGCUCAUCCUGGAGGCCGUGGCCACCUCCAAGAAGCGCACCGGCCUUUCCCUGCAGGCUCUCAAGAGGAUCAUCGCGGCCACGGGCUACGACGUGGCCAAGAAGAAGACCCACUUCAAGAGAGUGCUGUUGAGCCUGGUGACCAAAGGGCUCCUGCAGAAGCUGAAAGGCACCGGGGCCUCCGGCUCCUUUGGGAUCGGCAAGGAGAUGGCCAAGAAGAUGAGCGCCGGGCACAAGAAGAAAAAGGCCCCCAAGAAAAGAGGGAGGCCCCUCAAGGUCGGCGUCGCAGCAACAAGCCUGGCCGAAAGAGGGCAGCUGCUGACGAUGGAUCUUCUAAGGAAGCCAAGCGGCCGGCCAGCCACGCUGGGCAGCAGCCAGCCAACGCCUGAGGGAUAGACCCUCCCCUACCACAGGUUGGCCCCUGCGAGAAAUAAAAUGGUGGUUGUAUUUAAACACU